UAUCACAUUACAGUCUGACACACACAUGGCAACACCCUACAGUGCGCACAGCCGUACAGGAAGUUCCACAUUUCACUCUUGUGCCAUUUUCCUCAUAGCAUAGCCCGGAGCCCGGGGCGGAGAGGAAAGAGCGGCGGACACCGGAUCCCCAGCGACACCGGACAUGGGAGAGCCGGACAGCUCCGACCCCAAGGCUCCCACACCAGUGCACGCAGUAAAUCUGACAGAACAUGAAGACAAAGUUGGAAUGGCAGACUUUGAACUGCUGAAAAUUUUGGGAACUGGAGCAUAUGGUAAAGUUUUCCUUGUUCGUAAAGUGACUGGCUCGGAUGCAAAUCGUCUCUAUGCCAUGAAGGUACUGCGUAAGGCAGCUCUGGUUCAAAAAGAGAAAACUGCAGAGCACACACGGACUGAACGCACUGUGCUAGAACAUGUGAGACAGAGUCCUUUUCUUGUGACCCUUCACUAUGCCUUCCAGACAGAUGCUAAACUCCACCUUAUACUGGACUAUGUUAGUGGAGGAGAACUUUUUACUCAUCUCUAUCAGCGGGAUAACUUUUCGGAAGACGCUGUGUGCUUUUAUUCUGGAGAGGUUAUUCUGGCUAUUGAACACCUACACAAGUUGGGUAUUGUAUACCGAGACAUUAAGCUGGAGAACAUCUUAUUGGACAGUGAUGGUCAUGUGGUACUUACAGACUUUGGCUUGAGCAAGGAAUUCAUGGCUGAAGAGUGUGAACGCACAUAUUCUUUCUGCGGCACAACUGAAUAUAUGGCACCAGAAAUAAUCAGAGGGCAGGGAGGUCAUGGCAAGUCAGUGGACUGGUGGAGUCUGGGAAUCCUCAUUUAUGAACUGCUAACAGGAGCAUCUCCAUUUACACUGGAGGGGGAAAAGAACUCACAGAGUGAAGUGUCUAAACGGAUCCUAAAGAUGGAGCCCUCGUAUUCCUCAUCUUUAAGUUUGGAGGCUCGAGAUCUUCUGCAAAAGUUGCUCCGCAAGGAUCCAAAAAAACGACUCGGAGCAGAGGGUGCUUUCCAAAUUAAGGAACACCGAUUCUACAAGGGUCUGGACUGGGAAGCUCUGGCUCUGCGGAAAGUCAAUCCUCCAUUCCGCCCGUCUAUACGCAGCGAAACGGAUGUCAGCAAUUUUUCAGAUGAAUUUACAAGUUUAGACCCUGUGUACUCUCCAGCAGCAACUCCACCUUCUGGGGCGCGUAUAUUCAAGGGUUACUCCUUUGUAGCUCCAUCUGUUCUGUUUGGUGUAAAUGCAGCAAUGACAGACAUGCCUGCCCCAUCUGCUGACAAGCCUUCAAGCCCCACGCUAUCUUUGAGUGCUAUGAAGGACUCUCCAUUCUUCCAGCAGUAUGAAAUGGAUCUUCAGGAGUCAGCUCUGGGGUCUGGAAGUUUCUCUGUGUGCAGGAAAUGUCGCCAUCGCCAGAGCAAGAAGGAAUAUGCUGUGAAAAUCCUUAGCAAGAGGAUGGAGGCAAAUACUCAGCGAGAAGUGGCAGCUCUGAAGAUGUGUCAGGGACACCCUAACGUUGUGACUCUUCAUGAUGUCCUACAUGACCAGUAUCAUUCAUAUGUUGUGAUGGAGCUUUUGGAUGGUGGGGAGUUGCUGGACCGAAUAAAGAAACAAUCACGUUUCACCGAAAUUGAAGCAAGUAGUCUAAUGCGCAGCCUUGUGAGUGCUGUAUGUCACAUGCAUGACGCUGGAGUGGUCCACAGAGACCUUAAACCUGAGAAUCUUCUGCUGUCAUCACCUGGUGAAGAUGCAGUUUUAAAGGUCAUAGACUUUGGGUUUGCUAGGCUCCGCCCUCCAGGAUCACGGCCACUACAUACUCCUUGUUUUACACUGCAUUACGCUGCCCCAGAACUGCUGUCACACCAGGGCUAUGAUGAGUCAUGUGAUUUAUGGAGCUUGGGUGUAAUCAUGUAUACAAUGCUGUGUGGCCAGGUUCCCUUUCAAGGUGCAAGAAGUGGCUCUCCUCACAGCCGUGCUGCUGAUAUCAUUAACAAGAUUAAGGAGGGAGAUUUUGUCAUGCAGGGCGAAAGCUGGGAACAUGUGAGCGAUGAAGCUAAGGAGCUUGUUAAAGGUUUGCUUACUGUAGAUCCAUCUUGUCGGCUGAAUCUCAGUGAACUCAAGGAAAGUGAUUGGCUGUGCGGAGGUCGUCCAUUGUCCUCAACACCUCUCAUGACACCUGAUGUCUUGGAAUCCAGUGGUAUGGCCACCAAGACAUUUGUUAAUGCCACCUUCAUGGCAUUUAAACGUGGAAAACGCGAGGGGGUAUUUUUAAAGAGUGUGGAAAAUGCCCCACUGGCUAAAAGACGCAAACUAAAGCAGUGCAGCACUGGAGGUGAAACACGCAGCGGAUCAUCCUCUUCUACUUCUUCUUCGUCAUCAACAACAACAGCCACAACCACAGCCCGUUCUCCAAAAUCUAGAGCGCCUCCCCAGAAUCAUAGACCAGCAAUUUCGUAAGGUUUUCGCUUGAUAUACUUACACUACAAGCCAAGCUAUUGUCUGGACAUGGAGGACCAAGGGAAGGGGGGCUUUUUCCAAAUGGAUGUUCACUUCUAACAUAAUUGCUGGACCGAUUGUAUUUAAAGUAGUUAUGGGUUUGUAUAUAUGUGAGUAAUACAGUGAUCAUACACAGGCAUGUGUUCAGCUAGGGAGUGGCUCAUGCAAUCCAGAACUGUUCAGUAUACUUGAGGUAUACAUGGAAACGACAUAUUAGACACUAGCCAUUAUUUAGUAUCAGUGACUUGUCAGUCUUCCCUCCCAGCAUGAACAUGCACCUUUAGGGAAGGGCAGAAUGAGGUUUUGGCUUCACCCCUAGCUUUAAUUGGGUUUUCUGCACCAGCAUACUCUAUAUGGCAGCUCCAAUGUUCCAAUUUGAUGCAGUGGCACAUUUAUUCAUUGUAGUCUCUUUUGUAUUACAUUAUACAUAUAUAGGAUGUUAAGAUGGACUGCCAUAUUCCGCUAAGAGGCGAUUCCUUUUUUUUCUUCCUAUAUGGUAUCUUUCUGGAGCUUGUUUAUGAGGCAGCUCUUCGUCUUCAUACUUCAUCGAUUCUCUAGCAGGCUUAGCUGGCAAAUUCUGCCAGUAUUUAUAAAGCUGCAAUAAACAGGCCAGCAAAAAAGGGGGGCAAUUGAAUUGGCAAGAACAGCAAGAUAGAUCAAUACUGGCAAAGUAGAACAAAACCUGUGGUAGCUAUUAGAAAAAUAGGUGUGCAUUUAAAAACUCAUGUAUACCAAUUUAAGUGGUGUGCUUAUCCUGUACAGUUUGUGUUUUUUUGCCAGUGUAAAAACGCUGUAAAAUCAAUAGAAUACAUAAAAACAAUAUUUCAGAUUUUUUUUACAACGGCGAGGAAUUAGGAGGGGGAUCUAAACUGUAAUUUGAGCUUUUAUUUAUAAAUCAAAGCGCUGGUGGGGUAAAACCAGCAGAGAUGCAUUAUACCUGCUAUUUGGGGCUUUUAGAAACAGGUUCCUCCUGUAUGUGAUAAAGCUGAGGCUGCUUUGUAGCACCUGAGCUGCUAGGGAUUAGGAAAGAUGAUUGUAAUCGUUUUAGGAUCAUUUUUUACAGUAUUGUCCAGUCCUACACACCAUAAGAAACAAAAUGAAAAAAUGUUUGGAGCACCAGUUCUCAAAAGGUUGGUGACAGAGAAGUGUACAAAGUGUGGCUUUGCCAGCUUUUUUUAUGUAUAGAUGAUUGUGUUUAGUUAUGUCAAAUAUACAGAUGACUUAUAUCUGCCACCUGCACAUUCAGCAGUUUUACGUCAUUUAAAAAUAGAGUUGUACAGAAUUUACAAAACAAAUAGAUUUUUAAGCAUUUUAAAAGUUUUUACUUGAUGUAUUUUAAUUUGGAGCUUUUCAGAAAUACUGUAUGUACAUUGGCAUCUGUGUAUGCGUAUUUGUAAAGUGCAGUAUACAUUUGCUCAAAUCUUUGUAACUAUAAAGAGUAAAUAUAUCUAUGCAGAGCAGUAUUCACCUGGAAAUGUGUGUAGGUUAAUGUGUAUAAAUAUGUGAUGAGCAUUGUUAAUA